AUGCCUCCAAGGUCUUCUCUCACUUCGUCCUUUUCCAUUACCGACGCCAACAAUGAGGUUGUGUGCCCGCUUCACAAUCAGGAUGGCUCCAGUUGCAGAAAGCGCUGCAUUGGCGAGAAGAGAUACCGCUCAAUGCAGGAGCAUAUUCGAAGAGCGCAUCCAGAGCACUACAUCGCCAAGCUGCCUGCAACCGAGGAGAGCUUCUUGCUCAUGAUCAACACCCCACCGCGACCGACCGCCCAGCCUACCUCUGCUCCAGCGCACAUGAGCCAGAACAAAGGACCGGCGCAUGGCUACCGUAGAGAUGACUCCAGUGCCCCUGGCACCCCGCGGCACCCUGAUGAGUACCAGGGCGGAGCCGCCAUGUAUCCUGCUGCAGCCGCCCUGGCGCAGCUGCACAGCUACAAGAGCGAGCACGGAUGGGAGUCUGAAGGGGACUGGCAUUCAGACCACGAAGGCGGCAGGCCGAGGACAUCGGUCGAACUGCCACCCAUACAUCUGACCAAUGCAGAUGUGACGAGCAUGCCGUAUUCCGGUCUUGAUCCUAAUAGGCGUCGCGAGGUUCUUCCCUCGAUUAUGGCCAACUCUCCCCCAGGCCGAUCAUCAACCCUCCCGCCACUGCACAGACCCCUAGAUGCCAACCGCCCGCGCAAGCAGUCCAUCUCAAAACGGAGCCAUCACCGGAGAAAAUCCAAGGGUGCUGCCGCUGAAUGGCUGCGCCGGAUUCAAAAUGAUGUGAAUCCCGAUCUCCUCAAACCAGGCGGUGCCGACAGAAAAGCCCUUUCGGUCGAGCCAACAACUGAUUUUGGCAAGCGCUGGGAGGAUCUGAUCGAUGCGGCCGCCUCGGCAACGGAAGACAUCGAUGAGGACAGAACUCCAGUGAGUCUGAAAUUCCCUUCCAUGUUCGACCCACGCCUGACGACCCAGGUGCCUCAGUCGCCCGUAUCCAUCCCACGUGCAUCACUGCCGCCAUUCCCUCACAAUACUUUCACGAGCUACCAAGCGUCCCCCUUGCAACAAGCCCUCACGCCCCCGUCUUACAACAACGAAGGCCCCGACCCGUUCCCGUCGGUCGAGAGCGGCGAAAGCGGCGAUAAUUUUCACAUCGAAUCUCGGGGCCUGUCCGAUUCGUCGCCCAGCUUUUCCUCCCAGAACACGCAGAUAUACUGCGCUGCCUGCCAGGGCGUCUCGCUACUGCGGGAAUCUUAUGCUUGUACCGAGUGCAUCUGCGGUCUUUGCCAGGCAUGCGUCGACGUCUUGAUGGGCGAACAGGGUGCUCGCAGGAAAUGCCCGCGUUGCGCCACGAUAGGGGGCCGCUUCAAACCCUUUCAGCUCGACAUUCGGUAA